UGAAGUGAGACGUAGAUCCGAGCGGUUCCUUUGAAGUCGCUUUGAGUUGGUUUAAAUAAUGCACACUGUUUACACGUAAAGCUGUGCUGUUUAUAGUGGCGUGGAAAUGCUCGGUGAGUGAGGGGAGGCCUGUGAAAAGUUGAGUCGGAAGUUUCCACCAGCAGAGACGGGGCUUUGUCGCUCCGGCGGCGGGGAGGGGUGCGGGUCCAACAUGGGAAACGGGGUUUGCUCCCGCAGGCAGCGGCGGAUCUUCCAGUGCCUGCUGCUGCUCACCGUGGUCUGCGGGAUGAUGUACGGGGGGCUCAUGUCCUAUGAGAUGCAUAAACAGCUGAAGAGGACGGAGGCGAUGGCCGUGAAGUACCAGCAGCACCAGGAGUCACUGUCGGCUCAGCUCCAAGUGGUGUACGAGCAUAGAUCCCGGUUGGAGAAAUCUCUACAGAAGGAGAGGUUAGAGCACAAAAAGGCCAAAGAAGAUUACCUUGUUUAUAAACUUGAAGCAGAGAAAUCUUUGAACAAGGAGAAGCAAGAUGCCAACAGCAAACUCAACUCUUUACAGGUGCAACAUCAGAUGCUGAAGAACCAGCAUAGUGAACUGAAGAGGCAGUACUACGAGCUAAACGAGCAGCAUCAAGCGCAAGGAGAGGACCACAGCCGGCUGCUGGGCGAACACAGAGAUCGCUACGAUAAACUGCAGAAAGCCAAAGAAGUGGAGAUCUCACAGCUUAAAGAACAUGUUUAUAACCUAAGAGAAGAAAACACACAGUUGAGGAAAGCCCACCACGAGAUUCAUACCCAGCUGCAGGAUGCACACCUCAAGCAUCAGGACCUAAAGGCAGCCCACGACCAGCUUGCACUGAACCUGGAGGACCACAAGAGUGCGCUAGCUGCAGCUCAGGCCCAGGUGGAUGAAUACAAGCAGCUCAAAGACACUCAAAACAGGAACCCAAACCAGGUAGAGCCUGAUCCAAACCAUGUUUCUCAGCAGCUGCCAGCAGCAGCUGUAACAGCUGGAUCACAUGCUCAUGAAUCCCAGCUGACUGGAAAAGAGAUGCAUGUUCAAGAUGACCGUCAUCCGCACUGGGACACAGAAUCAAGGUUGGAUCAUCAGGAGGUGAACGAUGUCCACGCCCAGUCUGAAAUAAUUUCCCAGCUCGGCCCAUCUGAGAGAGAUGAGGAUAGAGAGGGGGAGGCGGAGAGGAAGAGGGAGUUGGCAGAGGAGGAGAUGGCUCAAGCCGGACAGCCUCAAAAGCUGGAGGAGGAUCUGGACCAGACACAUGAUGGGCAGAUGGAGGAGGAGGGGGAGGAAGAGAGGGAGAAAGAGCAGCCUGAUGAGAACGCCUUGGACCGACAGAAACGACAGCCGCAGCUGAUUUCUGAGGACAACCAUGUGGAGCUCCAUCAGGCGACUCAGCUGCAGCACCAGGCACCACCACAGGCGCACAACCUGAAGUCAGCCUAUGAGCAGCAGCAAGAGGAGCAGCGCCUGGAGGCCCGGAGGGCCGAAGAGCGUAGGCGAAUCCAGAUGCAGCAGGAAGCCCUGCAGGCUCAGAGAGAGAAGGUGCUGAAAGAGAGGGAGCAGCGUCUAAAGGAAGAGCAAAACCUGGAGGAGCAGCAUCACAGGGAGGCUGACAGAAAGGAGCAGCUGCUGAGAGAGGAGCACCAAAGGAAAAGGACUGAGUAUGAGAACAUGGAUGAGGAUGAGGAUGUUCAGAAUGAAGAGGACCAUCACAUCACUAAUGAAGAUGCAGAGAGAGACGUUCACAUGUUACCAGAAGAGGAAGAGGAGGAGAAACGCAGAGUUUCCCUGCAUCAGCGUGGCAUAAAUGGUGAGGUGGAUCCUGAAGACGACCCCAAUAACCAGGGAGAGGAUGAGUUUGAGGAGGCUGGGGAUGAGCAUCCAGCACAUGGGGCUGCCGAGGAGGAAGAAGAGGAAGACGGGUUAGAAGAGGAAGAAGAGCCAGCUGCUCUUGGCCAGCACAUAGAGCCUCAUCCGGAUCCUGGACGACCUGCUGUGGAGGACGAGCUGGUGAUGGCUGGAAACCCUGAUCAGCAGGAGGACAAUCUGGAUGACCAGUACCAAGAGGAGGACGAGGCGCAGGAGGAUGUAGCUGGUGGAGAGAAAAGAGAGGGAGAAGAGGAGGGGGUGGAAGAGGAAGGAGAAGAGCAGUACAAUGAGAACAUGGAGCAGGAUGAUACAAAAAACCAGGAAGGAGAAAGGAAGGAGGGGAAUCACCAGAACCGAGCACAUGAGGUAGGGAAUUACGAGGAAGAAGAAGAGGAAGAGGAGGAAGCAGCCGGAGGAAAUAAAAGAACCAAUCGACGAGCAGAAAUGUAGGAAGAAAAGCUGAGGCUGCUUGGACAACCGAGGAAAAGUUAAAACCUGCCAUCCACUCAGUUUCCCUUUGGAAAACCUGGAAUCCUGCCAGGAAUGUGGGAAUCCAAACACUGAACACUGUGGAAAAGGACACAACUUUGAAAAAAAUAAUAAAUUCCAUAUAUGAUUAUGUAUUUUCUACUUGUUACAUGUUUUUUUUUUUUUUUUGCUCCUCUGGUUUAGAGAAUGUAAUUUUUCUUUGUGCCAAGUUUGUGUGUAUUUAACAAAAGGAGAGACACAAUAAUGUAAUUCUAAUAUUGUCCGACCCCCUUUUAUUUACGACAAUUGUUUUUGCAACAAUUUCAUGUUCAUUUUCUACCGCACAUUCCCAGGAAUCAGCACGUUUUGUUAUUUAUUGCCGAGCAUAACGACACUGACAAUCAUGAAAUGGUGCAACAUUUUAAAUAUUCAUCCUAUGCUGCUGGAAGGUUGACAUUCAGGCUUAAACCAGCCUCCGGACAGGUGGCUGGAUAUUUCUGUAAAAUGACACUCGUGGGCAAUGGUGUGCUGCAAUGUGCCUUUCGUCUGUUGUAGCCAUUUAACAUUUAGGAAAUAAUUUUGACAGAAAAGAUGUGAGUAUGGCGUCUGAGCUGAGGUUCAUCUCAGGUCAGCUGCUGGUGUGAAUGAAAUUCACAUUGUAUAGAAAACAUUUUUGUAAAUUUGUACACCUGUUAUAUUUGAUACAAAACAAAGGGAUUUUUUUUAUAGUAUUAAAGCCUUGUUUGUCAUUUUAAUGGUGUUUGGAAUAAAGAAGUUUCAAAUUUUUAA